AGUAAACAAAAACAAAGUUGUUACCUACCUAUUUUUAAGUUUUCAUGUGAACUGUGAAUUUAUAACUAAAACAUCAUCGGUUGCUGUAGCUUUAAUAUGUAUGAUAGAAACAAUAGUGUUCUUAAUUAAUGGAAAAUCUUGGUCAGUAGAAAGUUUUGGUUCAGUUAUGAAAAUAUAAAAAUUGUGAUGGCCAACAACGCUAUGCAAAAUACGGAAAAUACCUGUAGAUUGUGCUUAAACGAGACUUCAGAUGACUUGGAAGACUUAAGGGACGGUUGUGAUGUUUUGGACAAGUUGUCUACCUGCCUUUCUCACUAUAUAUCUCUAAAAGAAAAUUUACCAAGGAAGAUAUGUCACCUAUGUGUACAAACAGUUCAGAAUAUUCAUUCAUUUCAUCAACAAAUAACCCAGAAUGAAACGAUGUUACAACAGAGAUUAAAUAAAUGUCCACCACAUAUAAACAUCAACGAAGACAGUGUUUCAAAUGGUUGCGAUAACGAUUUAAACUUAAGUGAAACAUUCAAAUGUGAUGAAGAACCAGAUUUUAUAGAUGUGAAAGUCAAAGCUGAAGAUGAAAAAGCUAAUGAUACACUAACUGAUGGUAUAAUAAGUGUUAGUGUGAAUGCAACAAUAAAUAGAAAAUCUGAUGAAAUUGAAGAAGUGGAUAAUGUUAGCAGAAAAAGUGAAACACUUGAUAGCAAUAAUGUUAUAACAAUUAACGAUAAUGGAAAGGAUAGUAUAGAGCAAAGUCAUAAAGCACAACAAAUUUAUGAACCGGGAGAUGACAUACCUCUAUCUAUAUUAAAAGAAAAUAAAAAAAAUCUAACAAACAAUAUUGAUAAUAUAACACAAAAGUUUACAUGUCUCACAUGCUUUGAAGUAUUUAAAAACCAAUUGGAAUUGCUGAAACAUUACCAACAUUUUGAGUUAGAGAAAUUCAACAAAAAUAACAAAGCGUUGAACACAGAAACAAAGCUGGUUAAAUACAAAACCUUACCAGAGACUGAUGGGAGUAUAACAUAUAAAUGUGAGAGAUGCUAUAAGAAAUACAAACAUAAGAAAUGUAUAGAUCGACAUGUUAAAAGUCAUAUAGAUAAAAGACCUUACUUAUGUAAACUUUGUGGGAAAACAUAUCAGACUGCAUCUAUAAUAGUGGCACACGGCAAAAUGCACUCAGGAGAGAUGUACUCAUGUGCGUACCGCUGCGGCUACCAGUCUGUGCACAAGCACGUCGUUAUGGAUCACGAGAAACGUCACAGAAAGGAGUAUAAGUACAAGUGUGAGACGUGCGGCAAAGGGUUCCAAGUGAGGACCUGGUUCCAGCAGCACCAGAAUAUACACAACGACGUCAGGCCCUUCCGCUGCGACCAGUGCGACAAAUCCUUUCACUUGCACAAAAACUUGAUGGUGCACAAAAGCAAUGUUCACCCACAAUCGUCCGGCCGCAAGCCGUGGGUGUGCCAGCACUGUGGGAUGCUGUGCGACGCAAAGAACAGUCUGAACUUACAUCUAAAGCAAACCCACGGAAUAGCUACAGUUAAGCCAACAAGCCUAUGUGAUGUUUGCGGGAAGGUUGUGACGGGAACCCAUCAAUUAGGACAUCAUAAAAGGGCGGUGCAUCUCAAAAUAAAACCCUAUUCUUGUAGCUUCUGUAACAAGUCCUUCCAGAAGAAGUACACGCUAAAAGUGCACGAACAGACGCACGCCGGUAAGCGGUAUCUGUGUAACAUGUGCGACAGGAUGUUCACACGCAACGACACGCUCGUGCGCCAUAUUAAAACUUGCCACACAGGCUGCAGGAACAAAUGUCUUAAAUGCGACAAAGUGUUUCCGUCGAAACUUAAAAUGGCCGCACACCAAAACAUUUGCACUCCAAUAAUUAUUGAAGACUCACAGUCCCGAUGAAUGGAUGGGCUGAACUUGGUGUCAACCAUCGAGAGAUUUCAGAGGAUGGGCUGAACUUGGUGUCAAACAUCGAGAGAUUUCAGAGGAUGGGCUGAACUUGGUGUCAACCAUCGAAAGAUUUCAGAGGAUGGGCUAGACUUGGUGACAACCAUCGAAAGAUUUGCACUAGAAUCAUUAUUCAAUACUUGCAGUAAAAUUGAGAAGACGGGUAAAAUCCCCACCAAGAGUUUUGCACUCAAAUCAUUACUGAAGACUUGCUUUUUCAAGGAGAGCUGAGCAGAACUGACAAAAUUGAGAUUGCACUGCAAUCAUUAUUGAAGCCUCGAAGAGGAUGAGAAAAGCGUUGUCCACCAAAAGAUUUGCACUUUAAUCAUUACUGAACACUCGCAGUAAAUCUGAACACAUGUAAACAAAAACACGUAAAGUUUUAAGACUGCCAAGUGUUCUGAUAAUAACAUAGACAAACAAAACGAGUGACAAUUACGGGAUGAUCGACUAACGACAUUCCGUUUCACUAUUAAUUUAAUCUGUGAUAAGAUAUUUUAAAAACAUAAAAUUAUUAAAGUUCAUGGAUUCCA